AUGACCUCCACUAUCAACCCGCGGUUGCUCACCAUCAAUACCGCCCUUGAGACGUGUCGACCAUCCCCGGCCAACGAGAAGUGUGCAAUUUGCCAGGAGAUGCUAACCGAUGCCACCCUCGAAGCACAGCCCAAGUCCGAGAGUAAGAAAGAUGCUAACCCAGGCCCCUCACAGCAAGCCUCAGCCUCCAAUCCUACAGACAUGGAAGCCGUCAAGACGAAAGUAUGCGGUGACAUGCACUUCUUCCACCGCAUCUGCAUCAUCUCGUGGUUCACGUCCACGGUCCCCAACUUGAACUCCUGCCCCAUCGACCGCAACCUUCUCUUUGGUCCGCAUUUAGUAAGCCAGCCAGAGUCGAACCUACCUACAUUCGAUCCGUUCCCUGGCCACGACGUCUACUACCAUGACACAGACCAGCCGGCACGCGUCAGUUGGCUGCCCAAUGAUUUCGCUGCGCAGAGCUUCGCUGUCUUUGACAAUUUAGAUCAUGCGGCUCUCUUAGCUGCUGAGACGCUGGAUCAUGAUGUGCUGCAGGCUGCUGCGGAGGAAGAGCAAGCUAUGCCAGGCCGUGCGGUCGAAAUUGUUGCUGACCCUGAGGGUAUCGAAUCUGGCGAGCCUAUUAGUUCUGACUUGGAAGAGAUCUCGUCUGACGAGCAUGGAGGGUACUUGCAGGAUGCUGCUGAACUUGCCGAUCGCAAUGCUCGAGGACUCGGCCCAGCCCCUCAAGGUCGUCCUUUCGAGAAGGGUGAUGAAGACGCCGAUUACUUCAUCAACUCCGAUCUUGUGCGCUACUUCAGUCAUUGA